AUGUCUUUCGUACUAUCCGAUGUUGAUAUUUCUAAUGCCGAGAGUCUCUCACGGUAUGUUGAGGUUCCCGCAAUAUGGAAUACACCCCUGUUCCGGGUAAUGUUUCCUUCCGCAGAGAACAUGCACGAAACCGAAAGGGAUGAAGUGGUCCGCUGGUACGCCGAUAUGUUAAGAGAUGCGCCGAAAAAUCGAGCAGAAACCUUUCUCCAGGCUUUUAUUGAUGGAAUCCCUGUUGGGCUCUGUGCCUGGACUACUAUCGAACGACGUCGAGAGAUGGAGAGCGCUGGGCAGCUUUCCAAAGAUCCCUCCCGACGAAGUGCGAAUACGAAAAACUGGCUUCCAUUGACUCUGGAUGUGGAUGGCUGGCUUUCUCUGUCAAAAGAAUUGAAGAUGGAGCGUGAGCGGAUCCUAAAGGAUCUUGAUAAUAUUUGCCGCUUGACUAUCAUGUCGGUGAAUCCGGACCAUCAGCGGCGAGGGAUUGGCUCGGCGUUCAUGCAGCGGAUUUGUGGAGAGAUAAACUUGCAUGGACGGCACGCAUUUGUGCUGGCAGCACCUGAAGGUGUCCCACUGUAUGCCAAGUUUGGCUUCAAAGUCAUCGGCCAUGUCGACUCUCCCCAUGGCAUGAUCUCAAGCAUGUUUCGGCCAUCCCGCAAUCGCACAACGUCAUCGACGGCGCCCAUCCGUUAG